UCAAAUAUUUAUUUUGUUGUUUACCUACCUCACCAGGGUUUUUUUGUAAAUCGCUGAAACUCUGUGCUAAUAUCUAAAACAUAUUCAAAAAUGUCUGGAAAAGUUGCAAUCGUGACCGGCUCCAAUAAGGGAAUUGGUUUUGCGAUCGUCCGUGGACUCUGCAAAAAGUUUGACGGUAUAGUUUACCUAACCUCUCGUGAUGUUGAACGCGGCAAGAAAGCUGUAGCUGACCUUGAAAAAGAAGGGCUACACCCGAGCUACCACCAGCUAGACAUUACUGAAGAUAAGAGCAUUGAGACUUUCCGAGAUUUCAUAAAACAAAAACAUGGUGGCAUAGAUAUUCUGGUUAACAACGCAGCUAUAGCCUUCAAGCAUAACGCCACAGAGCCAGCUGCAGUCCAAGCUGAACAAACGUUAGCAGUGAAUUACUUUGCAGUUCUGAACACUUGCGAAAAACUUUUCCCGCUCGUCAAAAAUGGCGGGAGAGUCGUAAAUAUCUCAAGCUCAGCUGGCCAUCUGAGUAAAAUACCUAGCGUAGCAUUGAGAAAUCGUUUCAAAGACCCAAAUUUGACCAUUCCUGAGCUGUCGGAGUUGAUGCAGCAGUACAUAGAGGCAGCCAAGCAAGGAACACAGGCUCCUGAAUGGGGCAACUCAUCGUAUGCUGUAUCUAAAGUUGGUUUGACUGCACUGACCAUGAUUCAGCAAAGAAUGCUCAAUGACAGAGACAUAAAAGUGAAUGCAGUACACCCUGGAUAUGUGGACACCGACAUGACAUCUCACAAGGGACCGCUCACCAUUGAUGAGGGUGCUGCUGCUCCGUUAUUCUUGGCGCUGGACGCUGAUGACUCGGUGAAGGGACAGUAUGUGUGGUAUGAUAAGCAGAUCACUAGCUGGGAGGGCGAAACUCCCUCAGCCUAUUAAAUACAUAUUGAUAGUUUCAUCCACGAAGAUGCGCCUCAACAUUCUUCCGCUAAUGUUUGAGUGUUAUCGGUACUAUUAAAUUAUCCA